UUCCGGGUUACUUCCGGAAGAUCACGCCUCUCCCUUCCCUUUCUCUCUAGAGAGGAGGAAGGGAAGAAAACAGAGGCGAGUCCGCUGGCUUCGGAGCGCGCUGGGCCUUUGCCCAGUCAGCUGCCUCUCCCGCACCGGAGUAGAAGAAUACAUGUUUACUUUCAGCAUAGAAGAGCAUGUUCCCAAAUUCUUCCAACUUGGGUCAUCCACCCUUCCCACUAGAACAUCAACAAUACAACUUCUUCAUUAAUCUUCCAGUGAACAUACCUCCUGUUCUCUUUCACCAGCAAUUCCAGAGUACAACAACUCCAGUAAGUGGUAAUCUUCUGACCAUCCCACCUGUUUCACCUCCACCUUUUGCCUAUAGAAAUGGCAGCCCAGUGCAUACAUCAGCUGCACCUGCAUCAUUCCGAGGCAGAAAGAGGCUGAAAGAGCAGGAUGUUCCUUAUCAAGUGAAGCGCCAGCGAUUUCAUUCACCUCAUCAUGAAUCUGCUUCAGCUAACCAAGUAGUGCCUUUACCAGAAGAUCACAGGCGGUCAUUCCCUGGAUCAAUUCCUUCACCAUUAUUUCCAGCACAUUACAUCUCUGAUUUGACAGGAUGUGUGCCACCCUUACAAGAAGCUUCAUUUCCUGACCUUAUAGAAACUGCACUCCCUGUGGCCAAAGAUAAGCUAAGUCAGCAAAUACUGGAAUUAUUUCAAGUGUGUCAACAACAAACCUAUGACUUGAACAAAAAAGAGCUUUGCCGAGCACAACUGCAGAGGGAAAUUCAGCAGAUCUUUCCAAAUAGUAGACUCUUUUUGGUUGGAUCCUCGCUAAAUGGAUUUGGUACUCGUAGCAGCGAUGGUGACCUGUGCCUGGUGGUUAAAGAGCAGCCAAUUAAUCAGAAGACUGAAGCAAGACACAUCCUCAGCUUUCUCCAAAAACACUUCUGUCGGAAGCUUUCAAACUAUAUUGAGAGACCUCAGCUGAUUCGAGCAAAAGUGCCAAUAGUGAAGUUCAGGGACAAAGUCAGCUGUGUGGAGUUUGACUUGAAUGUAAACAAUGUUGUAGGAAUAAGAAAUACAUUCCUUCUCAGAACCUAUGCAUACAUUGAGAGUCGAGUGCGUCCAUUAGUGCUUGUUGUUAAGAAGUGGGCAAGUUUUCGUGGCAUAAAUGAUGCCAGCCGAGGCACUUUAAGCAGCUAUAGUCUUGUGUUGAUGGUUUUGCACUAUUUACAAACCCUACCUGAACCUAUCCUUCCAUCCCUCCAAAAAAAUUACCCAGAAUCUUUUGAUCCUACUAUGCAGCUGCACCUUGUGCAUCGAGCCCCAUGCACCAUUCCUCCUUACCUUUCAAAAAACCAGUCAACACUUGGAGACCUGUUGCUGGGCUUCCUGAAAUACUAUGCUACAGAAUUUGAUUGGAGCAGUCAAAUGAUUUCAGUUCGUGAAGCCAAGGCCAUUCCAAGACCUGAUGGUAUUGAAUGGAGAAACAAGUUCAUUUGUGUAGAAGAACCUUUUGAUCGAACAAACACAGCUAGAGCGGUACAUGAAAAACAGAAGUUUGACAUUAUCCUAGACGAAUUUCGCAAGUCAUGGCAGAGAUUGAGAGACAGGCGGGACUUGAACUGUGUACUCCCUUUAAGAGCAACUCUACAGAAAAGAUAAUUGGCUUCCUUCUCCUUAAGUGGACCAUUCUGAAAUACACAAAAGACAUUACUGAAACCCCAGGAUGCAAUUUUUUCCUCCCUUCCCACUGAUCUUAUUUUUAAAGAGGAGAUUUUUUCUUUCAAAAUUUUGUUAAGGAAACUUUUGUAAGAAUUAAAUACAACCUUCAUGAAAUGCAUUAACAAUUUGAAGACUGGCUUUCCCAGACAUAUUGAAUCAGUGACCAAUAAAGAGACUGCUGUAAUACUAAUUUUGCAAAUCUGUUGGGAGUUUGAUUUAUUGUUAACUUACGUUGUAGUGGUUUGACUCAGCCACAUGGACUAUUGAAAUGUAAAGAUGAAAUGUAUUGCAGUCAGGCCAUAACUUUAAAGUAUAGCAUACUGUGCACAUUUCCUUACGAGAGAGAGUAGCUCCUGCUUUACAGCUGCAAAAUGCAAUAUGCACUUUGGCUCUCCUUGGCUCUUUUCAGCUUUUAAUAAUCUUGUAAUAAGAACAGCAACUUGUAAAGAAAAAUAACUACUAAACCCUAAAUGAUGCUACUGAUCUGGUCUAAUUCUCAAUGAGCUUGCAAAUGUAUUUGAUUUGUGCUACUUUAGAUUGUGUAAGACUGAAUACUCCUCCAUUAGAACAGAAUUCCCUUCCACAUUGAAAACCAGGUGCUGGGUGGGAGGAGGCCAGGUUAAAACCUUUCCUGACUUGCAGCUUCCUGUGUGGAAGGAAAUGGAAGAGCCUGUUCAAGUUGUGAGCCCCCCACCUGCAGUCUGAAGUGGCACAACUCAUGCAGCAGGUUUGCCACCUCUGCGAGAAUUUCUGGGGAUUGUAUUCUUUACUGGAAUUUUAAAGCAGCAGAAUAACUUCAAGGCAGUUGAAUCAUCUGUUAGGCUUGCAUAAUGUGUGGCAUGCUGAGCUGAAUGCAGCCUGCCAUCCAUGUAGGGCAGCCCCUUGGGUUUGAAAAGCAUUUUGUGUGUUUCCGGCCACCCUGGGGCUGCAAGAUGUUGUCAGGCAGUUUGCCUGCCGUUAGGAAUGACCAGUGGGCUCUGUGUUCCUACUUGAUGUACAGGCACUGCAGGUAAGAUUUUUAUGGCAGACUGCUCUAUGUUGCUUGAUGCUCACCGCAGACUGAGGGUGGCGUUGAACAUUACCGUGAAGCAGAGGGAAAGGAAACGCAAGGGAGAAUUGUGCUUCCUCUUAACUGCACUUCCAUUGUGAUAUAUGGAUCCUACAAAGAUGGUACUGUGGCUUGUACAAACCCCUCCCCUGUUUCCUGCGCCACAACAGCAGUGUAAGGAAGCAUACUUUCUUUCCACUUCCUCAUACACCCAUCCCACUGCUCUGUUGUAAAUUGUGGAGCCGCCAUGAGUUGAGCCCUCUCCUACCAUUUUCUUUCCAUAUAUAUAAAGUAGUGACAACUGCAGAAAAAUAGCUGCUAUGAUAAGCCAAGUUGUUGUUGUUUUAAUUUGUUUCUAUUUUUGUGUAAAUAUUUGUAUGUUGGUCAGCUGCUAUAUAAAUCAGGAUUUAAGAAAACUUAAAUUUUAACUCUCCCCCCCCCGAAGUAUGGGACUUCUUUUAGAUCUGCUGUUGCACAAUUUGUGCCUCUUAUAUUUAUUGCAGACCAAUUCAUAUGUUAACAAAUGUUUACUUUUCACUGAUGUCAAACUUCCUUUCCCCCCUAAGUUGAAUAUUUUUAUUGUGUCAAGUG